CAUCUCCUGUUUUUAUGAGCACAGUUAAGGAACCGUAUUAUUUAGAUACUUAUAGCACCUCGGUCAAGUCGUUUACUUUACCGUUCAUUCCCAAAAGCGAUCCCUUCAAAACAAACUCCAAUGUCCACAGAACCCGGAGUUUGUGUAAAAAUGAUGGUCCCACCCCCGAAUCGGAUGUUCAAUAUGGCUUAAACAGAUCCAACUCUUUGGAGCCAUAUUUCAAGCCUUCCCUUAAGGUUGAUUUUAACAUGUAUGAAAAUGCCAUUGUUGACGACGACGAUGAUGUUUACGAUGAUGACGACGACUAUGUAUAUGCGUUCAAGGUGGACUCCGGCCCCAUCCAUGGCUUACCUCCGGUUGAAGCUUCCACCGUUCGUGAUGAUUAUGACAACAAUACGAAAUUCGAUUUUUAUUUGUGACUACAAACAAACCGAUACUUAUACUUAUGAAUAUAAAAGUACCACCAA